AUGGAUGAUACGUCAACGAAAUACGAUUUCAUGGGUUGUGAUGAAUGGGAUAAUAGUGAAGAUUAUGAAGAAGAGGAGUGUGGAAGAGGACAAACAUUCCAGGAAAGGAAAACAUUAAAACUUUUGUUGAAGCAGGCGUCGGUGAAAAUAUCACUCAAUUACACAACUCUGAAGAGUAGUAAGAAAUACUUGAGGGUGAGGUGCAUAGAUCAUACUUGCCGGUGGAUAGUGCGCGCAUGUGCUAUCGAAGAAUCGGGUUGGUUUCAUGUCCAAAAGUAUGUGGGAGAGCAUACUUGUGGAAUUGUUCAUGUCACGGAAAAACACAAGAAUGUUACCAUGGAGGUCAUUACCUCACUUAUUUUCAACUUUUUCGUUAAUAACAAAGGUCCAAGCCCGAAAGAGAUCGAGAGGAUUGUAUUUAGGGAGCUACAUUGCAGGCCGAGCUAUUGGAAUGGCCUCAACCCCAGGUUUAUUAAUUCCUUCAUGGUCAAUGAGGAGGCUGGCAGGUUUAUUUACUACUUUAUGGCAUUUGGGGCUUCCAUCCGUGGAUAUGCACACAUGAGAAAGGUCGUUGCCAUUGAUGGCACGCAUUUGUCAGGCAAGUACAAGGGCAUGCUGUUGUUUGUUGUUGCUCAAGAUACGCAGAAUCAUAUCUAUCCCUUAGCGUAUUAUGUGAUGGAUAAGGAGAACGAUGCAUCGUAG